AUGUUUGAUGAAUAUGAUGCUGAUGCAUUCAAACUUUAUCUAAUAACAUCACCUGUUGUAGAUGGUGAAUCACUUAAAUUUAAAGAAGAAUGUGUUCAUGAUAUUCUUAAAGAUGUGUUUUUACAUUGGUAUAAUACAUUACGUCUUCUGAUUCAAUCAUGUUAUCAAUUAAAAAAUAAUAAACAAGUUUUUUUUAAUAUUUAUGAUGAAAAACGUUUAUAUUCGUCCAUGUCAUUAAACCCUACUGCUUAUCGUUUAUAUAUGGUAGCGUUUCGUCUUGUGAAAUACAUUGAUAUGUUAACCAAUCGGUAUGCUAAAUGA